AUGUCUGCCACUCGCUAUUAUUCCGUACAGCCAAGUCAGCCGGGACUGCGUGGAUCGGGCCGGGGACUGUUUUGGCUCGCGCUGACGACGGCCUCGGCAGGCGUCGGCUACUGGGCCGGUGCCAAGUACCCUCCUCCGGCUAUUCCGUUCGUUUUCUCGCCGUACUCGACCGAAGUCAGGCACCUCUCGCAGGAGGCCAGGAAUGAGCACACGCGUGAGAUCGAAAAGGGUCUGCACGAGAUCCCGCUCGUCCAGGAGCUCGCACAGGUCUCGUACGAGACCAAGUCGGCCCGCGGCGUGCGCGAGUCGUUCGCGAUUGCCAAGCCGGCCGAGACCGUGCCGGAGGAAGAGGCGGAGUACCUGAUCGUGCGUCCGUUUGUGCACUCGCCUCCUGAGCGCCUCACGCGCCAGUUCACCGCCGGCAGCCUGCGUGGUCCGGGCAUGUUUGCAACGACGCCGCUCGUCUUUUCUAAGACGAAGUUCGGCGCGCAGAAGCGUGGUGGCCGCGAGGGCGACACGAUCGCAUUUGUGCAUGUUGGCAAGAACAUGUGCGGCUUUGAGGGCGUCGUACACGGCGGUCUGAUUGCAACCAUGUUUGACGAGGUGCUGGCCCGUGCUUCGUUCUAUGCCUUGCCGAGCAUGGUCGGUGUCACGGCGAAGCUCGAGGUGAACUACCGCCGCCCGACGUACGCGGACCGCUACUUUGUGAUCGAGUCGCACGUUACCGACAACUCGGGCCGCAAGGUGUUUACCACCGGUGAAUUCCGCGAGGCAAACAAGGACGCGGUGCUGGCGACUGCCGACGCGGUGUUUGUCGAGCCCAAGUUCGCCAAGUACCUCACCUGGGUCGGUGGCCUGAAUAUUCGGAAACUUAUGGAGGAGUAA